GGCAGGCAGGCGCACCACACGGCAGCCUCAUCUUCGCCCGGCACGACGCGACGUCGACAUGCUGUAAACAAACUCCAGCCAGGUGACAAUGUUGAGCCGUCUCUUCAGUGAGGUUCUGCCGGACGUCCAGAGGCUCGCGGCGGACUGGGCCGACGACCCGGACGGCGAGCUGCAGGCCAAGAUGAAGGCCGAACGCGGAGGGCACCUCGGCGGCGAGGACGAGCUGGAGGAGGCGCGCGGAGGAGACGGCAGCAGCCGGGCCGAGUCCGAAAUGGCAGACGACGACGAGGAGGAGGAAGAGGAGGACGACUACGACGAGGAUGAUGGUGCUGCGGGGGGCGGGGACGAGGAGCGGACCGGGGACAAGUCCUCCAAAAAGCGAGGACCCAAGAAGCGCAAGACGAGCGCGGCCCGCGUGGAGCGCUCCAAAGUGCGCCGCGUGAAGGCCAACGCCCGGGAGCGGACGCGCAUGCACGACCUGAACUCUGCGCUGGACAACCUGCGCAAGGUGGUCCCCUGCUACUCCAAGACCCAGAAGCUGUCCAAGAUCGAGACGCUGCGCCUGGCCAAGAACUACAUCCUGGCGCUGGGCGAGAUCCUGCGCCACGGCAAGCGGCCGGACCUGGUCAGCUACGUGCAGAUGCUGUGCAAGGGCCUCUCGCAGCCCACCACCAACCUGGUGGCCGGCUGCCUGCAGCUCAACACCCGCAACUUCCUCGGCGACCCGGACGCGGCGCGCUUCCACGUGCCGGGCUCGCCCUUCCCCCUGCACCCGUACUCCGCGUCGUCGGCGCCGUACCGCUGCCGCCUCGCCAGCCCCGACUACCGGGCCCCCGGGGGCGCAGGGCCCCUGAACCCGCGCGGCCACUCGUACGGCUCCUGCUUCGAGCCCGCGUACCCUCCGGGGGCCGCGUCCCCGGACUACCGCCAGAGUCCGGACUACGAGAGCCAGCGCAGCCCGCGGGGAUGCUCGGCCGCGGGCUCGGGUGCAGGCGGGUCCGGCAAGCAGCUGGAGCUCGACGCCGAUCGGAACUAUCACUACUCGUCUAUGCAUUACUCCAGAGCCGGGCGCGCUGUGACGUUCGGCCCCGCGGGGGCGCGCGGCGGGGGCGGGGGCGCGCACUCCGAGAACAUCCCCCCCUUCCACGAGGGCGCGGUGGGCCACUAUGAGGACAUCAGCGCCUUUUUCCACAACUGACUGACAAUCCCGAUCGCCUCUUGCGAUCCUAUCACGUGCUCAUCGGCGGCGGCGUGCAAAACGAAGACGAAAUAAGCAAAUUAAAAGUCAUUUAUAAUUGUCUGACGUCUUCUGCACCAGUGCACUCACUCACCUUCCCAUAAAAUAAUUUUCAUCAAUUAAAGUGAUAUCAUUUAAAAUGACUUGCAAAUGAUAAAACAUUUCUUUUUGUUGUUACGACAGA